AUGACUUCUCUCUCUACUUAUCUCCUUGUCAUAGCGACACAAUUAGGAGCGUCAGCGGUUGCUGGACUUGCCGACUUCGACGCAAAAAGUGCGACGAAGAGCACCCCGUCUGCGACGCAUGUGGAUAAGCCAGAAUGGAUGGAUGGCGGGGCCAGACAACAAGAGACUACCCAGCAGCUCAAACGCCAGAUCAGAGAACAGGGCCAUCGCCGUCACGGAGACCGCGCAACUGGGACCUUAGACGCCCGCGGCUUAGCGUCUGCAGUGUCCACUGACAGACUGGCAGCGCAUUCCCCAGAAACAACCGAAUAUCUGGCCACCCCAGUGUCAGAUCUCCCGGCAAACGAGGGUAGUUCACACCGACGCAACAAUAAUACAGCGGAGCGGAUCGCAGAUGCUUCCGAUCUGCGUACCUGGGGCAAUGCGAAUGGCGCCAUUGAUCACACAGGUGAACGCGAAACCGCAGCCUCUGGAUGGCCUGACGCUUGCCUCUUCAUGUUCCACCUCGAAAAUCUCCUUCCGUUCCUAUUCCCUUUCUGCCGCCCGCCUCUCGCCAAAGGAGACAGAUCCUGGAUCCUGGACAUCAUAAUGACGCCCGGUCCUUGGGAAAGACUGCUUAAGCAGACGAGGGACGCUUUUGAAACACUCAGACAAUCGCUGCAGGUCCUCGAUGGGCAGCGAGCCACCGGAGAUCAUCUAUGUGAGGCCGUAAGGAUCCUAGCAGGCAUCAUCCAGUUGCAGCGGUUCGAGAUCUCCGUAUCAAGCUUUGAGAACUAUCUGGUCCACCACAGUGCUGAUAUUGCUCUCUUCCAACGUGUUCUGGACAGUGCCAAUCUCAUUGAUGCAGCAGGGUCUUGGUCAAGCUUCAACAUUGUUAUGAGGCGCCUCGGCACGUCCUCGUGGACGCUGACUUCCCAAUGUAUCCAGGUUCCCAGUGCUGAGCAGGCAGCCUUUCGUUUCUCGGCAGCUCUCGUGAUGUUCGACGACAUAAUUGUCAGCACAUCACUACAGGAGAAACCUAUUCUCUAUGACUACCACCGCAGCCUUCUAAAAGGCACCGACCAAUCUGGACCUCCAAUCGAUCUCGAGGCUGUUUCCGGUUGCCACAACUGGGUGUUACUUCAGAUCAGCAAAAUUCCCGCGCUCGAUGCAUGGAAACAAGGAUGUAAGAGGGCGGGAACCCUUGAUGUUAUGGAGCUCGUCCGCCGCGCUGCACCGAUCAAAGACUCGUUGGUGACUCAACUUGCAGGUCAUGACGCCAGUUUAGUUAGCGCCUCAAACGGAGCAAGCACCAUACUGGAUGGCUUGUUCACGGCGUAUUAUCGUGGCGAGCUGCGAGAACAAUCCGCGGGCGAGAUCUCCUUGGUGACCCGCGUCUGGACCCAUGCCGCAUUCAUCUAUCUGUUCGUCGUCGUGUCUGGAUGGCAGCCGGCCAGCGCCGAUGUGCGUUAUCAUGUGUCUCGAAUAAUUGAGCUGUUGACACAUCAGAUGUCUCCUCCGGCAUUGCUACGAACCAUGGUGUGGCCAUUCUGCGUUGCGGGGUGCCUCGCAGAGCUUGCACAGGAGUCUUGUAUGCGCGAAAUGGUAGAGGUGCUUAAGCCGGCUAAUGUUUUCGGGACAGUCCGCAAGGCCCUCGAGAUCAUGGAGAAUGUGUGGCGGAGUCGCGAGACGGGAGUUGUCGCGACACGCGAUCUCGCUAUUUGUUUUAGAAGUCAGGGAGAACUAGUGGUACUCAUUUAG